ACAGCAGCUCCCUUAGCGAGUCUGGCAACAACAAACGCAUGCUGCAGAGAAGAGAGUCUCAAGAGAACUAUGACAUCCCGCCAUCUCGUGUCAGCUCAAAGAGUCACCCUUCCCUGAACAGACUGACUUCUCGCGACGACACCUACGACACCCCCCCUCCCCGAGAGGCCUUGUGCAGACGACAGUCCCAACCCUCCAGUGCUCAGGAGAUCUACCAGGUCCCUAUCAGCAUGGGAGAGGACAACCCCUCAUCAGGGAACUCCCGGCCUCUGAAUGGCACGUACCCCAGUCUGUCGGCAAACGAUCUCAUUCCGCCUCCACGACCACCUAAAAACAAGUCCAUCACCGACCUGACCGGAAGUCCCAAUGUGCCCCCCACCCCACCGCCUAGCUUUGAGGACACGUACUCUGUCCCACCGAGUUUGUCAAAGAAAAGUUUGGAAUCUGUUUCCCUCAGUGAUCCAAUCCCGCCCCCCGGGCUAGACGAUUUUUAUGACUUUCCCAGGAAGCUAAAGAGUGCUCCCGAGGCAGAAGAGCCCCCUCCUCCUGUUCCAAGGACGGCAAAGCAGCAUCAUUACAUCAAUGCAGCGACAUCUGAGAUCACCCAGGAUGAGAACUACAUUGCCAUGGCUGUAUCUAAAGCAAGUGAAACUAGCCCUGACAACGUCUACACCUCCAUGGCAUCUGGACCGAAAGGCAUGGCGGAAGGAUACACUGAUGACUUCUACAUGUUCAUGGGUGUCGUGGACGGAAUCCCCUCCCCACCACCUCUUGUAGAGGUCACCCCUGGCCCAGCACCAGCACCAUCUGCGACCCCUGAGAAGAAACCAGCUGACCUGCCUCCUCCAAUCAGAAGGGACCUCAAGCCCGGUUCAAGAAGAUCAGAUGGGAGACCAGGAAAAGCUAACAUCCCUCCACCCCUGGACCUGAGUGGUACCAGUAACUUUACAGAAGAGGAUACAUAUGGAGUCUUCCCUAUCAAGUCACCUAUCACAAAGAGCUUCUCAGUACAUGGCUCCAAUGGAUAUAAACCACCACAGCCAAAAGACUCUGCUGACACAGAAGACACAGACUCUUCAGAUUCUGAGGACUAUGAAAUCCACAAAACUGGGAGUGGCUCUGCUCUUCUGCCACAGAUCUACCACCCCAUGGAGGGUAUAGGCAAAGCAGCACAAGAGGCUGCCAAGGCAAAGAAAAAGGACAAAGUAGAGUAUCUGGAUUUGGAGAUGUCUUCCUCUCCAGACAUGAUGGAGAAAGCCAAGAAGCCUUCCCCACGAUCCUCCCCCCUCCCACAGCGAACUUCCAGCACGGUGUACACCCGCCUGGACAUCGACAGGACUGUGGCACUCAGCAAGACCAAGGAGGCGCGACAAGAGAGCUACCGAACUUCAGAAGGAUCGUAGUCUACAUAUUAUACUGCAGAUGUAGUAUGAUGUUUAGAAUAUUGAAUUAUAACACAGUACUAGUUAUGUGAACUUACAAGCUAGAUCAUGUUACACAGGAAGACUAUUUUGGCAAGGCUUGUAUAAUUGCUUCAACCAAAAGAUAUUACAAAUGUGACUGCAAAGAAUGUUCAUUGUAAAUAGCUAAGCAACCACUAUAUCCCCCUGGAUCAGUAUCUUGAGUGCAAACGUUGGUAAGAAAUGUUUGUGUUUGUCUGUUUAGGUGGUGUCAUUCUGUGCAACUGCUUUCCACAAAGGAUUUGCCUAUCGAGGCAAGAAACCUCCCAUACGUAGGGAAGCACAGACUCUGUGAACCUAAACAACAUCUUGAACUAAAUAUUGUGUUGACAGAUAUUUCUGCAAUACUGACCAAACUCUGCAAACAUCUCUGAUUCUGAACUUUCAGCUGUUCUUCAUCCUUCUCUGAGCCGCCCAUGUUCACCACAGCGGAGGUGCACAUACAUUACUUCUUUGCAUUCCAUACUUUUCUAUCCCCUUCUAUCUCUUAACCUCUAAUAGUGAUAGUAGUCUCUUGCACCAUAUGUGAGGGAUGGAAGCAGUGUCCCAUUCCUGUGUACAUGCCCACAGGAUCAGUUAAUGUUGUACAGUCCCACUGAAUGGUCUCUGAUCUUGUACAUUUUUUCAUGCUAUCUUAUACUUGGAGAGUUGAACAUUAGAUAUUUUGUUAGUACAUUUGUAUUGUAUGUACAAGUGGAUGUCGUGUCAUAUACUCUCAAAUGAGUUUUCUUAACAGUCUUAUGUAAAGUUAUUGUUUUCUUUUGCUUCUGUUGAAUAGCUUAUAGAUAUUGACAGAUUGUUUUACAGCCCUAACACUUCUAAUAUCAUGAACUAGCUUUGUUAAUUCUUAAAUUGUGGACAACUUUUAGUUAUUUUACAGAACAAGCCAUGUAGGUAGGAAUGUCACUUCCUCGCCAGAUAUCACACAAGAGCUUAGAAUUUUGCAUUUCAUCCAACAAAUGCUAUGUGGAUUUUAUAUUUG